AUGCAUGAGUUCAGAGACAAAGAACUACGGAAAACACUUGUCAACAUGGGAUAUAUGUUGACGGAGACAACAUUUAACUACUACCGAGGAAAAACACGAAGAACAAAUAGAGCAGCUUUGGAGUGGAUAGACAGUAUUCCCCGAGAGAAGUGGGCGAGGGCGUUUGACGGAGGACAAUGGUGGGGACACAUGACAACAAAUCUGGCCGAAGCAAUGAACUCGGUACUUAAGGCUACCCGAAACCCUCCUAUUACUGCAAUGGUCAAAUCUACAUACUAUCGUCUGGGAUCGUUGUUUGGAAAACGAGGCCAUGAUUGGACAAAAAUGUUGGCUUCCAAUCAACGUUUCACGGAUAACUAUAAUAAGGUAAUGGCUGAAGAAGCGAGUAAAUCUAGCAGUCGUAAUGUCAUCCAAUUCGAUCGCAAGAGAUUCUGUUUUAUGGUUGCCGAAAGGAUUAAUCAAAAUGAUGGUCGACCAUUAGGAGCUUUUAACGUUGAUCUCAGGAGAGAGUGGUACGAUUGUGGGAAUUUUCAAGCAUUUUAG